GUGAUCAAUAAAAAGGAUAUUUGUAGAGCUAGGGAGGGGGGUACUUCCGGGGCAAGUCGCUACAAAGCGGAAGAAAACGAAAAUUCUUUGAAAGAUGGCGGCGAACACACAAAAAAAUAACAAGCCGGGGAAAUCUGGAGCCAAAGAGGCUCAGCCUCUAAUUAUUCCCAAGAACCCGGCAGAGGAGCAACGUUUACGGCUUGAGCGGCUCAUGCGGAACCCCGAGAAACCAGCUCCCAUUCCGGACAGGCCGAAGGAGUGGAACCCGCGCGCGCCGCCGGAGUUCGUCAGGGACGUGAUGGGCUCGAGCGCCGGCGCGGGCAGUGGGGAGUUCCACGUUUACCGCCACUUGCGCCGCAGGGAGUACCAAAGACAGGAUUUCCUGGACAAGCUGUCGGAGAAGCAGCAGAAGGACCUGGACUACCUAAAGAAGCUGGAGGAGAACAGGAAGGCGGCGCAGGAACGCACGGAGAAGCGGCGGAAGAAGCGAGAGAAGCUGAAGCAGAAGAAGCUGAUGGCGAAAAAAGCCAAAGUGGGGGAUCAAGACAAAUCGGACACAGCAGAGAAAACGGCGAGCAGCAGUGAUGAAGAGGAGGAGGAGGAUGAGGCUGAGAAGGAGGAUGAUGCGGAGGCUCCCAGCUUUAUCAUGGGAAGAAAAUAACAGCAGAACACUGCAGAGCUGUUUGUUUCUGAAGCUGGACUGACCCAGGCUCCCUCUGAUGACCCAGUGGACUAAAAUACAAAUGUUGUCAAAAUAACAAACUUUGACAUCAGUUUAUACAUUUGUGAUUUUGAGUAAAUCAAAAUUCUUUCCUGACUGUCAAAUUGAACCCACUAAGUUUGAAUUUUUUAAAUAAAAAUGUAUUUGCUCAGUUCUCUGUAUGCUUUUAUUUUGUCAUGUUAUUCUCUGAGCUGUGCAUGACAUUAGGGACAUAUUUUUGCAGUGUUGUGAAGCUGCCCCUGGUGAAACCAGUCGCUUGUGGGCCAAACAAAGCUGCAAAGAGCAUCUCAAAGAAUGAAAAGGCGUGACCCCUCAAGGGUUGGGGGUUCCACGUGCGAUCUUCUUCGGACAAAGUCCUGCUUUCCACGGUGGCGACCGUCCGGCUCAGUGGCCGUCGCUGAUCUAGAGGCAGGCAGAGUAAAAGCCAGGCAGAUGGAUAUUGUUUGAGAUGAGGAAAGCGUUUCCUUUCAGACACUGUCAGCUGUCACAGUCACACCAUUCUGUUAUUUUCCACGUUUUGUUUCUGUUCUUGUACAGCUGGUAAUUUUCCAUAAACAUUCUUACAAAUAAAGAAAACUUUCAACUUA